AUUCGCGAGUGUAUACGGCAUCAUUAUUUCGAAUAUAGCAAGAUAGUCCAGAUCUCCGCAGAAUUUCUCCGAAAAUUUUGUUUGUAAACAUUCUACAGGUGAGAACAGAGGACGAAAAGUGUUGAAAUUCAUUGGAUUUUUAGGAUUCUUAAUAACUACAAUGUCAGACCAAACGUCCGCCGAUCAAACCGAAGAAAAACUAGCAGAUAUGAAGAUUGAAAACGGUGGUCCACCAGCCGCAGAAUCUCCCAAAUGUCAAACGCCUCAACCGCCCGCGAACGGUACUAACGCAACUGUCACCUUCGAGGAAAAUUUCAAAAUAUUCGCGAAAUUCGGGGAUCCAAAGUCCGACGGUAAACAGAUCACCCUGUCCAACAGCGAUAAAUGGAUGAAACAGGCGAAGGUCAUUGACGGGAAGAAGGUGACGACGACAGACACCGGCAUAUACUUCAAGAAGUUGAAGAGUCAGAAAGUCGGAAUAGUGGACUACAACAAAUUCUUGGACGAUUUGGCCAAAGCCAAAAAGGUUGGGGUGGAGGAGAUCAAGGCUAAGAUGGCUGGUUGCGGGCCACCUGGACAUCAUGGAGUUGGGGCGGUAAAAGCCACUAGCACUGUUGAACGACUGACAGACACGUCAAAGUACACAGGAUCUCACAAACAGCGAUUCGACGAAACGGGCAAAGGUAAGGGAAUGACCGGAAGGAAAGACCUUCCAGAUACAUCGGGAUACGUUCAGGGAUUCAACAAGAAGAAUUGAUCCCUAAGCGGUGAAAAAAAAUUAAUUUAUUUUCAAUUCGUUGCAAUCAACAAUCGGAGAGUAUGGUUAUGAUUCGGGGCGAAAUGCGGAAAUAUAUACGUAUCAGUAAAGACAAAAACGAUUAAAAAUCUUAUUAUUGCAAAAGAUACUCUUUGAACAAGACCAAGCAAUAUAUCAAACAGUUUAUUACGAAAAAUAUUUUUUAUACCUCUUUUUCAUUUCUAAUUUCUAAAUGUAGACACCAACGUGAGUAUGCAACUGUUACUCAGAAGUUCUUCCCUUUUUAAACUGAUGGUUAUAUUUGUUCUUAUCCAAUUGGAUGAUGAUAUUAGUCUAUAAUCAAAUGUUAUUUUUUCUAUGUCUUUUAUAAGUUACUAGGUUAAUAUAUGGCAUUACAUUUAUGUUGAUGAAUAAAGAAUAUUUACAACUACA